GCGGAUUCCUGGCUGCGUCGCCUGCAAAGCUUGCCCUGGGGCCAGGGUAAAGUGAAGGUGUUCGGGAAGGACUAUGAUGAGCCAAGGCUUACUUGCUACUUCGGCGAAAAGGCGUACAAGUACUCUAACCGAAUCAUUGAGCCGUUGCCUUGGUCGCGCUCUCCGGUUCUCCAGGAGAUCAAGGCACUUGUGGAGAACAUGACGGGCGAGAGCUUCAACUCUGUUCUUUGCAAUAGAUACAGGAGGGAGAUUUUGGAGUUCCAGUUGCACUCAGACAAUGAACAGGUCUAUGGCCCAAAGCCGACCAUUGCUUCGGUGACUUUAGGUGCAGAGAGAGAUUUCGAUUUGCGGGAAGGCGGUUCUCGCAUCACAGCUCCUAGCUGUCAGCUCCGCGUCCGCUUGGCGCAUGGCAGCCUCUUGGUCAUGUCCGGUGCAACACAAGAGUGUUGGCAGCAUUCCUUGCCUCGCAGGAAAGCUUUGAAGGAUGAGCGCAUCAACUUGACGUUUCGUCGCAUCAUGCAGUGA